CCAACAUAGACCUACCUAGCAUUAUGGUUUCAGAUCCGUUUUUAUCAGAUUCUAGAAAGCGCAAGCGUCCCACCACAAUGCGGGCUCCGCACAAGAAGCAGGCCACCCCGACCCCAGACAAACAUGACGUGGAAAUCACCGACUCCGAGUCCGAGAACGACGAGCAGGGCAAUGUCUCCGCCAACGAGAGUGAAGAGGCGGAUGAAGAUGCAUUAGACUCCGAAGAGGAGUUUCAGGACGAGAGUGCGGCCGACAAGAGAAGAAGAUUGGCGAAGCAGUACUUGGACAACUUGAAGCUGGAGACGAUGGCGGGUGAUAACUACGACUUCGAUGCACAAGACUUGGACGACGAUAUUUUGGCCAGCCGUUUGCAGCGUGAUGUGGCGGAAAACAAGGGGAUGAUCUACAAGUUCUUUGCGGCGUCAUUGAUCGUGGAUGAUGAGGCUAUAAGACAGCAGUUUACGCGCAUCGGGUCCAAGGGCUUGACGGGGGUGUCUGUUUGCUACCCCCACGCUUACACGGUCUCAAAAGACAUGGAGUUGAUUAAAUGGAACAUUGAUGAUAAGAACAAGAAAGCGGUGAGAGUCAAGCAUACCAAGGGUGGUCCGAAGUUCGCUGAGCUCGCCAGUGACCCGUCUUUGAACGGCCAUUCCGACGAGAUAUUAUGCGUGGCUGCGUCGCCAGAUGGCAAAUAUGUCGUCACCGGUGGACGAGACAACAGAAUCAUCGUGUGGAGUACUGAGUCAUUGACUCCUGUGAAGGUGCUCGAGACCAGAAAGGGCGGCGUCAGAAACAACGGUGAUGUUUUGGCGAUGGUGUUCCGCCGUAACAGCGACCAGUUGUACGUGGCGUGCGCCGACUUAAGAAUCCGCACAUACUCCAUCAACCAGAUGGCACAGUUAGAGACGUUGUACGGACACCAGGACUUGGUUGUGGAUAUUAGCUCAUUGAUCCAGGAGAGAUGCGUGACUGUGGGCAGCAGAGACAAGACCGCCAUGUUGUGGAAGAUCUCCGAGGAAUCCAGAUUGACCUUCCGAGGUGGUGACACCGACCCCGCAGCCAGAAGAAGCAGCAAGUACACCAAGGACAAGAGCGACAAACCGAAGGACGUUGUCCGUCCAGCGUUCUACGCGGAGGGCAGUAUGGACUGUGUUUCCAUGCUAGACGAUACCCAUUUUGUUACCGGUUCCGAUAACGGAAAUAUUUCUCUCUGGUCUCUUGCUAAGAAGAAGGCUCUUUACACGAUGCGCCAGGCUCACGGGCUUAUCCCCCAAGAACGUGUCUAUUCGGCUGAAGCAGAGUAUUCCGGCAAGCCGGAGGAACUUCCGCCAAAGAGCCCCUACUGGAUCACGUCGAUCUACGCGUUGCCGUACUCGGACAUCUUUGUCUCCGGUUCGUGGGACGGUAAGCUCCGUCUCUGGAAGUUGGAGGCAAACUUGCGUCAGUUCACGUUGUUAAAAGAGUUGGACGGCGCCAAGGGCUUGGUUACCAAGUUGGAAAUGUUCGAGGGCAAGAGCGACGAUGGCGAAUACAUCAAAGUCGUCGGUAGCAUGAGCAAAGAGCAUCGUUUGGGUAGAUGGUGCAAGGUCCCAGGUGGGAGAAACGCAUUAUACUCUGCCGUCAUCGCCAAGCAAAAAUAACCACCCAUUGCAUCGUCCGUAUAGAUAUACUCAAUUGUACAUUACCUCAUAAAGAAAACCCCUUAAUCAGGUCAACCGUGACUGUAAAAAAUCAAGAACGAUAAAAGCAAUGCCAGAUAAAGGCAAUAUUUUGUGACCAUUGAGCAAUACCUCGGUGAGGUGAGGAAAGGGCUACGACACCCUAGUUAGUGGUGGUUGUGUAUGUCUAGUCUAUACAUGGUGUUGCAUGCGACCCGAAAGGCUAGUAUCGGUAAUGAGUUUAGCUUGGGCUCUGACUGGACAUCCGGGUGGCAAUGACAUCCCAACUGCUAGCAGACCUAGCAUCAUACAGAACGCCUUACUACGUAUGGCAAAAACCAAAAUAUUGGAAAACCGCUGAAUCAAGUAAAGUGAUACUGAAAUGGUAGUAUUCAGAUCCGAUAUUACAAAAUAAAGGUGAAAAGGAGAGUGAUAAAAUACGAG